AUGAAUGAUGAAAAAUGCCUCGCCCCACCUCCCGAGGAGCGAUGCUCGACGACCGCGCUCGCGCACGCGAGCAUCUUCGCGGCCAUCGCCGGCGCCGGCGCGCCGACCGCCGUCGCGCUCCGCGGCGGCGGCGGCGAGGCGCACCUGGCGCCGCUCACCUACGGCGGCCUCGCGGCCUUUGGCGCGCGCGCGGGCGCGGCGCUCUACGCGUGCGCCGCCUACGACGCGUCGCGCGGCGAGCCGCCGCGCCUCGCGACGCUCCUGCGCAACUCCGCCGCCGCCGCCGUCGCGUUCGUGUGCCUCGCGGAGCGGUGGACGCUCGCGCCGUUGAACGCGGCGAUCGGCCGCGCGGAGCUCGCCUUCGAGCUCGACGACCUGCCGGCCCACGCCGUCGUCCUCGACGACGCCGUCGCGCCGGCCUGGGCCGCCGACGAGUGCGGGAAGCGCGCCGUCCCGACGUUCGCGUUCGCGCCCGACCGCAAGACCGUCGGCGCGUUCGCGCUCGCGCCGCGCGCGCCCGCGCCCCCGUUCGCCGGCGCCCCGGCGUCCCUGGACACCGUCGCCCUCCUGCUCCACACGUCCGGCACGACGUCGAAGCCGAAGCUCGUGCCCCUCACGCACGGGCGCGUCCUCGCCGGCGCGACGUCCAUCGGCGCGACGUUGGACCUCCGGCCCGACGACGCGUGCGUCAACGUCAUGCCCCUCUUCCACAUCCACGGCCUGAGCGUGAACAUCCUCGCGACGCUGCUCCGCGGGGCGAGCGUCGCCUGCGAGCUCGCGCUCGACCCGGCGCGUUUCCUGGACCUCGCGCGGGGCCGGACCGCCGCGCCGCCGGCGUCCUGGUACAGCGCCGUCCCGACGCUCCACUUCGCCCUCGCCCACGUCGCCGAGCCCGGGGGCCCGCUCCACGACGGCGCGCCCCUGCCGAGGCUGGAGGUCGCGCGGUCCUGCUCGGCCGCGCUGCCGCCGUCGUUGUCCGAACGCCUCGAGGCCGCGCUCGCGCCCGCCAAGGCGCUGCCGACCUACGCCAUGACGGAAUCCAUGCCCAUCUGCUCGUCGACGGCGCCGCGCCGCGGCGGCCGCUACGACGACGCCGCCCUCGCCGCCGUGGGCUUCGCCGCGGGGCCCGACGUCGCCGUGGUCGAGAUCGACGGCGACGCGCCCGCGGCGCCCGGCGACGUCGGCGAGGUCUGCGUCCGCGGCGCCUGCGUCACGGGCGGCUACGAGCUGCGGCCCUGGCAGCCGAGCGACCCGAACGUCGCCGCCUUCGUCCGCGGCGGCGCCGGCGAGCGCUGUUGGCUCCGCACGGGCGACCGGGGCCUGCUCGAGCCCGGCGGGGGCCGGGGGCCGCGCCUCCGCCUCGUGGGGCGAUCCAAGGAGAUCGUGAACCGCGGCGGCGAGAAGAUCAGCCCCCUGGCCGUCGAGGACGUGCUGCUGCGGCACGCGGCCGUGCGCGAGGUCGCGUGCUUCGCGGCGCCGCACGCGCAGCUCGGCGAGGUCGUCGGCGCGCUCGUCGUCCUCGAGGCCGGCCGCCAGUCGACGCACGAGGCUUUACGGCACUGGUGCGUCGCGGGCGUCGGCGACGCCCUCGCCUUGGACGACAAGUGGGCGCCGGCGCUCACGGUCUUUUCCGCGCGCGUGCCCAAGGGCCCGACGGGCAAGCCGCUCCGCAUCAAACUCGCGCAGAGACUGGGCGUCGAGGCCCUGGACCAGCUCCGGGCGGCGACGCCCGUGUCCUUCGACGUCGGGCCCGACGCCUUCCUCGACGCCGCGACGCCCGUGAGCCUGCGGAGCUCCGCGCCCGCGUUCUUCGCGGCCGCGGCGGCCUCGUCCGGAAAACGCGACGCGGACUCGUCGCCCGAGGCCGUCGACGACUCCAUGGCCCUCUUCGCCAAGGGGGGCGGGCCCGCGGGGCCGCCGAAGCCGUCGGCGGCGGCCAUGCAGGGCCACGUCUACUUCGUGGCCAUGCUCGGCAUCCUCCUCACGCACGGGUCCCUGCCGCUCGACCAUAUAGCGUCGCCCGCGCGCCCGCGGAACUGGGCGGGCAUGCGCCAGCUCCGGGCGAACAUCGGCGCGGGCUACGGCAUCGCCCUCUUCUUCGCCGUGGCCGGCGCGGGCGACGCGCGCAACUUCGAACGCCACGGGCGCCGCGAGCGGCAGACCGCGCGGGAGGUGUUGAAGCCGCUCGCCGUCGUCUACGGCGCGAUGAUCCUGCUCGACGCGUCGUCCCACGUCGUCUACGAGUCGCUGCGGCGCAACUUCGGCUGGGGCUGGGCCGAGGCCCAGAAGGCGCCCUGGCCCCUGCGGCCGAACCUGAACCGGACGAAGUGGUUCGUCGCGAUGCUCGCCCUCGCGCGGCUCCUCGGCCGGAGAGUCCGCGCGCUGCCGCGGGAGAGCGCGCUCCGGCGCUGCGUGCCCGUCGUCGCGUUGGUCGUCCACGUCGGCCAGGUCGCCCUCGCGCCCCUCGGCGGCGUGGAGGUCCCGGGCAGCGGCCUCGGCCUGCUCUACUACGAGCGGGUCACGGCGGCGGGGUGGUACUUCUUCGGCCCCUGCCUUUUGCCGGCGGGCGCGCUCACGCCCGCGUGCUCGGCCUUCGGCGACGACGCCGCGGCGGGCGUCACCUUCGAGGUCGACCCGUUCCUGCUGCGAUGCGCGCGCGGGCUGAAAGCGGCGGCGCGGCGGCUGCGGCGGCCGUCGUCCAAGGUCCGCGACGAGCCGCGCGCGCGCGACGAGCCCGACGAGGACGACGCCGGCGUCGCGCUGUCGCCCGCCGCCGCGCGCCACGCCGCCGCCGCGGUCAUCGCCGCGCGGCUGCUGGCGUCCGCGAGCGGCCUCGGCUACGGCGACGACCGCCGCGACGCGCCGCGCGCGGUCGGCUCGCCGGGCGCGGCGUCCCUCGUCGUCUGCGGCCUGCGGGCCUACUGCGACGGCGGCUUCGUCGGCGACCUGAACAGCGCGGCCCUCGCCUUCGCCGUGCUCCUCGCGCAGGCGCUCUUCUCGGGCGCGUACAUCGCCGCGACCGCGUACGUCACCCCGGCGACGCCGUCGGCCUGGAGCCGGGCGGGCAACCUGUGCCUCUUCUGCUUCAUGUGGCACCGCGCCUUCCUGCCGCCCCUCGACGCGCUCGCGGACCGGGUCCAGCGCGACACGGGCCUCGACGCGCUCGUGUUGCUGCCCCUCUACGCGGCGUUCCAGGCCUUCCUCUCGCAGCCGUUCCCGCCGCUCAGCGCGCUCCGGGACAAGGUCCGCCGCUACCGCGCGCCCGCGCGGGCCGGCGGCCUGGGUCUGGGGGACCUGCUCCACCCGCUGCCCGUCUGGAUCGUCGCGUGCGCCGUCGCCGCGGGCGCGUACCUCGGGAAGCUGUAA